CCCCUCCCGGCAGGAUGGACCCCAUCAGGGACACGCUGCAGCGGCUGCGGGAGACCUUCCGCGCGGGGCGGAUGCAGCCGGCCGAGUUCCGGGCCGCCCAGCUGGAGGGCCUGGGCCGCUUCCUGCGGGACCACAAGCAGCUUCUGCAGGAGGCGCUGGCGCAGGACCUGCACAAGUCAGCCUUUGAGGCGGAUGUGUCUGAGCUCAUCAUGUGCCAGAACGAGGUCGACCUGGCCCUCAAGAGCCUGCACCCCUGGAUGAAGGACGAGCCAGUGGCCAAGAGCCUGCUCACGCAGCUGGACUCGGCCUUCAUCCGGAGGGAGCCCUUCGGCCUGGUGCUCAUCAUCACUCCCUGGAACUACCCCGUGAACCUGACCCUGCUGCCCCUGGUGGGCGCCCUUGCCGCAGGGAACUGUGUGGUGCUGAAGCCAUCGGAAAUAAGCAAGGGCACAGAGAAGGUCCUGGCCGAGGUGUUGCCCCAGUACCUGGACCAGAGCUGCUUUGCUGUGAUGCUGGGCGGGCCCAAGGAGACGGGGCAGCUGCUGGAGCAUAAGUUUGACUACAUUUUCUUCACGGGGAGCCCUCGAGUUGGCAGGAUCGUCAUGGCCGCUGCUGCCAAGCACCUGACGCCCGUCACGCUGGAGCUGGGGGGCAAGAACCCCUGCUACGUGGACGACAACUGCGACCCCCAGACCGUGGCCAACCGCGUGGCCUUCUUCCGCUACUUCAACGCCGGCCAGACCUGCGUGGCCCCCGACUACGUCCUGUGCAGCCCCAAGAUGCAGGAGCGGCUGCUGCCCGCCCUGCAGAGCGCCAUCACCCGUUUCUACGGCGAGGACCCCCGGAGCUCCCCAGACCUGGGCCGCAUCAUCAACGAGAAGCAUUUCCAGCGGCUCCAGGGCCUGCUGGGCUGUGGCCGCGUGGCCAUCGGGGGCCAGAGCGACGAGAGCGAUCGCUACAUCGCCCCCACGGUGCUGGUGGACGUGCAGGAGACGGAGCCGGUGAUGCAGGAGGAGAUCUUCGGGCCCAUCCUGCCCAUCGUGAACGUGAGGAGCCUGGACGAGGCCAUCGACUUCAUCAAGCGUCGGGAGAAGCCCCUGGCCCUGUAUGCCUUCUCCAACAGCAACCAGGUAGUGAACAAGAUGCUGGAUCGGACAAGCAGCGGUAGUUUCACCAGCAAUGAUGGCUUCGUCAACCUGACUCUGCCGUCCCUACCACUGGGGGGCGUCGGCAACAGCGGGAUGGGAAGAUACCACGGCAAGUACUCCUUCGACACCUUCUCCCACCACCGUGCCUGCCUGCUCUCCCCCUCGGGCCUGGAGAAGCUCAAUGAAAUCCGCUACCCGCCCUAUACUGACCGGAACCAGCAGCUGAUACGCUGGGCCUUGGGCUCCCAGAGUUGCACCCUUCUGUGAGCACCCUGCUUGCCUCCAGCACCCCACACCCAUGACCCCUCUGUCCUGCUGCUGCCAAGGUGCUCAGUGGUCCCUGGAAGGCGGGGCGUCCUGUCCAAGAGUGCAAAGAUCCUGCUCCUGGGGAUCUGAACAGACCUCUGGCUGGGCAGGACCUCUGAGCCACUGGGCCAGCUCCUUUUAAGGCCCAGUCCCCUCUGCAGCCUUCUGACAGAUUUGUUGACCCUCUGCGAAUAUGUCUAGAUAUGUCUGAUGAUGGAGAACUCACCCCUUGCAAGGUUGGGCAGCUCUUAUGGUUAGAAAGGACUCCCUUGUGUCAGAUCUAGAAAUAAGCUCCCAAAAUACAGAGCAAUUUCA